GUGCCGCAGGGCUGAGGCCCCGCCCCAAGAAAAGCCGUGCGGACUAGCGCUGCGCGCGUGAAGCAUGCCGGGACUGGCUCUCGAGACUCCCGACGGCCUUUGCGACGGGCGUGGUGCGUCAGGAGCUCGCCGGCGGUUCUCCCUAAGAUGGCGGACCGGCGGCGGCAACGCGCUUCGCAGGACACCGAGGACGAAGAAUCGGGUGCUUCGGCAUCCGACAGCGGUGGCUCUCAGGGGCGAGGCGGUGGCAGCUGCAGCGGGAGCGCUGGAGGCGGCGGCAGCGGCUCUCUGCCUUCCCAACGCGGCGGCCGUGCCGGGGCCUUGCAUCUGCGGCGGGUGGAGAGCGGGGGGGCCAAGAGCGCGGAGGAGUCGGAGUGUGAGAGUGAAGAUGGCAUGGAAGGCGAUGCUGUUCUCUCAGAUUAUGAAAGUGCAGAAGACUCAGAAGGUGAAGAAGGGGAAUAUAGUGAAGAAGAAAACUCCAAAGUGGAGCUGAAAUCAGAAGCUAAUGAUGCUGCUAAUUCUUCCGCAAAAGAAGAAAAGGGCGAAGAAAAGCCUGAAACCAAAGGCACUGUUACUGGAGAGCGGCAAAGUGGAGAUGGACAGGAGAGCACGGAGCCUGUGGAAAACAAAGUGGGCAAGAAGGGACCUAAGCAUUUGGAUGAUGAUGAAGAUCGGAAAAAUCCAGCAUACAUACCCCGGAAAGGACUCUUCUUUGAGCAUGAUCUCCGAGGGCAAACUCAGGAGGAGGAAGUCAGACCCAAGGGACGUCAGCGAAAGCUAUGGAAGGAUGAGGGUCGCUGGGAACAUGACAAGUUCCGUGAAGAUGAGCAGGCCCCAAAGUCCCGACAGGAGCUCAUUGCUCUUUAUGGAUAUGACAUUCGCUCAGCUCACAAUCCCGAUGACAUCAAACCCCGAAGAAUUCGGAAACCUCGAUUUGGCAGUCCUCCACAAAGAGAUCCAAACUGGAUUGGUGAACGGUCAAACAGGUCCCAUCGCCACCAGGGUCCUGGGGGCACUGUACCACCAAGAACAUUUAUUAACAGGAAUGCAGCAGGUACUGGCCGCAUGUCUACACCCAGGAAUUACUCCCGAUCUGGGGGCUUCAAGGAAGGUCGUGCUGGUUUUAGACCUGCGGAAGCUAGUGGGCAGCAUGGUGGUCGGUCUGGCGAGAUUGUUAAGCAUGAGACUAGUUACCGGUCACGGCGCCUGGAGCAGGCUCCUGUGAGAGACCCAUCUCCAGAAACAGAUAUUCCAACACCUGGCAGUCCUGAAAAGGAAGAAGCCGCUUCAGAGACACCAGCUCCUGUUCCUGACAUUGUACCACCAGCCCCUGACAGACCCAUUGAGAAGAAAUCCUAUUCUCGAGCCAGAAGAACUCGAACCAAAGUUGGGGAUGCAGUGAAAGCUGCUGAAGAGGUGCCCCCUCCACCAGAAGUGCUGACCUCAGCACCUGCUGUCCCUGAAACUACCCCUCCAGCUGCUAAGUCUGGUAACUGGGAGGCUCCAGUAGAUUCUGCUACAGGUGGACUGGAGCAGGAUGUGGCACAACUAAACAUAGCAGACCAGAAUUGGAGUCCAGGACAGCCUUCAUUCCUGCCACCACGGGAACUUCGAGGUAUGCCCAACCACAUACACAUGGGAGCAGGACCUCCACCUCAGUUUAACCGGAUGGAAGAAAUGGGUGUCCAGGGUGGUCGAGCCAAACGCUAUUCAUCUCAGCGACAGAGACCUGUUCCAGAGCCCCCUGCUCCUCCUGUGCAUAUCAGUAUCAUGGAGGGACACUACUAUGACCCAUUGCAGUUCCAGGGACCAAUCUAUACCCAUGGUGACAGCCCUGCCCCCCUGCCUCCACAGGGCAUGAUUGUGCAGCCCGAAAUGCACCUUCCCCACCCAGGUUUACAUCCUCACCAGACACCAGCACCUCUGCCCAAUCCGGGCCUCUAUCCCCCACCAGUGUCCAUGUCUCCAGGACAGCCACCUCCCCAGCAGUUGCUUGCUCCUACUUACUUUUCUGCUCCAGGUGUCAUGAACUUCGGUAAUCCCAGUUACCCUUAUGCUCCUGGAGCACUGCCUCCCCCACCACCUCCUCAUCUAUACCCUAAUACACAGGCCCCAUCGCAGGUGUAUGGAGGAGUGACCUACUAUAACCCUGCCCAGCAGCAGGUGCAGCCAAAGCCUUCUCCACCGCGAAGGACUCCCCAGCCAGUGUCCAUCAAGCCCCCUCCACCUGAGGUUGUAAGCAGGGGUUCCAGUUAGUCCAACUUUUUGAAUAUUUUUCAGUCCAAAAUCAUAUGAGACCCUUAUUAAGACAGCAGAGGUGAGAACUCAGGAGAGAAAAGAAGUACAGCUAUCUACUACCCAGAGGGCUCCAAAGAUAGGAUGUAGUCCUACCAGCAAGCAACUGGAGAAGGAAGAGUACCUUUCCCCUGCAGACAGGCUCUGCUGGAGAGAAGAGAAAUAGUUGUCUUCUACUCUUCACUUGAGCUGACCAUGCUCAGGGGAGCAGAGAUAACUGCCCAGGCUUUCGAGUCUAGGUCCAGAAGCUGUAUCUUGAUCUUCACUGUCUCCUGGGAAAUGCAAGUGUCUUCUGCUCCCAGGGAAUUUCUUGUUUGUUUGUUUUCUGAAAUGUUUGUUUUUAAAGCCUGGCUUGCUGUUCUUAAACUUAAAUUAAUAUUUGUAGUGUUGUCUCCUCUCUCUCUUGAUAUGAAACAAGUUCAUUCUGGUUUGCCAGUAUGUCUGGGUUCCCUUUUGUCACUUACCUGCAUCCCAGAUUAUUAAGAAUGUUAUCAGCCAAGUGUAAAGACAGCUAGCCUUUCAUGUUUGACUGGCCUUUGUUACUUUUAUACUUGGCUUUUAAUUCUUCUAACCCCGUGGAAGCGAAGCUGUCUACAUAGAGUCCCAUUGUGGAGAAAAACUCAGUAGGUGAGUAGGAGCUCUUCUUUUUGAUGUUGGCUGUAAAGUCUGAGCUUCCAGUAGUACCUGUAUUCUGGUAGGCUUCAGCCCCCUCUUAUCCCUACUGGGAAUGAGAAUGGGCAAACCAGAGGAGUUGGUGAGGGGGAAAGGUGGAGCCUCUGCCCCUUAGGGAAAUCUAUCACUCCGUCCUCGGGGCUCAGUCUUUGAGGUAACUGAGAUUAGCAAGCCCUGCUUUUCUUCUUUCCAUCCCUCCUACCACUUCCUUUCCAGUUGUCAUGGACCAAUGCAUCUCUCCAGAAGCAAGUGCUAUUCAGCAAGCAGCUUAUCUUGUCCUUUACAGUUGCUCUUCUCCAUGCCUUUCCUGCUACAAGUGUUAUAGAUGUUACUCCUUUAUUUUUUCCCAAAUUCUGCUCUUGUCCUUACAACAGAAGAUACAGUACCUGGGCUUAAGGCCUAAGGAAACCAGUCACCUUUGGGGCAAGGGCUUUCCCUCCUGUUCUAGCCAUGGUACCAAACCACCUCCCGGCUGCCUUUGGAAGUUUGCUGGCACGGCAGCACUGUGGCUGCCAGGAGGAUCUGGCACUGUGGCUGCCACUGUCCCUGUCCUGUGGGGACCUGCAAGAGAAAGUUGUAGCUAUCUUUCUCAAGCAAUGUCAUUGUUGAUACUCCUUUCCUUUGGUAGCUGCCCUAACAACUUUUGAGUCACAGUGUGGGGUGAGGAGGGGGGUAAGGCACUUAAGCUGUAACUCCCCUAUAAGGAGAAAACUAUUUAAGAGGUUCUUCCAGGGGUAGCUGGUGGUUGUGCCUUUUGUAGGCUUCCCUUUGCCUUAAACCUGAAGAUGUUUCCUCGAGCCUGUGGGCAGCAUGCCCCAACUCCCAGACCUUAAGACACUGUGACAGUUGUCUGUCAGUCCACUGUGUUUAGUUGCAAGGAUUUCGCCAUGUGUGGUGUUUUUGUUACUGUUUUAAAGGGUGCACAUUUGUGAUCAGCAUUGUGACUUGGAGGUAAUAAAAUUUAGACUAUAAACUUG